CCAAAAACCUCAACCGCAUAGAAGGAACCGUAUGCUGCACAGGGAGAAGAUUUGUGAAGAUGUCUCCUUAUGGGAAGGGGAAGUACACGGAAAAUAUGUGCAUUACUGGCGCAGAGAAGCAUAUACGCCGGAAUUCAGGUCCAAACUAUCGGUGAUUCGACGGCCCUUUGGCCCGCUUGAUUUGGCCAAAAACCCUGUGAUAGUUUUAUCAGAUAAGUGACUCGCCCGCAGACCACGAAACUUACCUCGACAGCCAUUUUGUUCUUCUUUUUGUUUUCACCAACCACAAGCAAAAAAGCAUGGCCUCAGUUGGCCAUUCUCCUUACACUUCAAAACCAUCGCCAUUGGCAAGGACAGCAUCCCAGACACCAAUCACACCCUCAAACCUUACACACGCUUCACCCUCCCCCAUCGCCCCCAAUUUCCCCUUUUCGCAACCGCCAACACCCAUGAAGCGCCCUUUCCCGCCAGAAAGCCAAGCGGGCGGUCCGCCAGAACGAAAAUUCAGUGUUGACAGCGCGCAAGGAGACCAUGGUCAACAACAACCUCAGAAGAAGAAGAGGGUCAGUUUGAGUUGUGCUCAAUGUGCUAAGAGAAAGCAGAAAUGUAACCGCGAAUUUCCUUGUCAGCACUGUGUUGCCCGGAAAGUCCCCGAGUUAUGCGUUCCCUAUAACCCUCAAGCAAAUAAUAACGUCAAUGGGCCAGAUCCACAGACGGCGGCCAGACUAGAAAGCAUCGAAGCUGUCUUAUCUGUUGUCGUGAGACAUACAGGUGGGAUCACACAUUACGAUGCCAUCCGCGACUGGAUUUCUUCGUUGCCCUUUCAGAAACACUUACAAUCGGCCCCAUCCACCCCCGCUUCUCCCCAUAAUCUUAUGACCCAUGGUAGUGUUCCAGGUCCAUCUCGGGCAGGUUCCACAUACCAUCUUGAUCCCCAGGAAACAGCUCAUCUGGAGAGAGGUGGCAGUUCUGAUGAUGAUAAUCUGGCAAAGGUUGGGAAGGGGUGGCUGGGAGAGAUUGAUGGUGGCCUUCCUGAAAACAUGGAGCUCAACGAAAAGGUCAAGAUGAAGUUGGAUAUUCAUGGAACGCCUGCUGAAAACCUUCAACGUUUGAUUACUGACUGCGGUGUCAGCCCACACAAGAUUGCAGAACUCGUUCAGGAACUUCCGCCGAAGCCUUUUGCCGACAGAAUAAUUGACUGGUUCUUUGCCAAACUCAACUUCAUACGAUAUCCUAUCGACGAAAGGAUGUUUAGAGCGUCCUACGAGGAUCUUUAUAACAAGUCUACCGCUUUGGAUCCAUCAAAUGUCAGAGCGCUGCCUCUUGUUUUUAUUGUGCUUGCAUUGGCUGUCCGGCAGGCACCUGAAAAAUGGGCGGGAAAUGAGCAAACAAGACGACUGUCAAGUUUACGGAUGUAUUGGAGUUCCCGGCGUAGCAUCCUGAUAGCUACUGCUGUUCAAUCCGAAAGCCUGGAGCUAGUCGUCAGUCGUUUACUGAGUGCCAUGUAUUUGGUACUAAUCCACGACCGCCGUCUUACAGAGUGCUGGUCUCAGCUGGGCGCUUCUUUACGUACGGCGCAGGCUAUUGGUUUACAUCGUGAUGGUUCUAAACUUGGAUUAGAUCCGUUUCAAACAGAGUACCGAAGACGACUGUGGAGCUAUCUGUAUCAUGCAGAUAAGCAGUACAGUCUGGUUUUGGGACGGCCGCCGAGCAUCUCUGACAGUUAUACCGAUACUCAAACUCCAUCCAACAUCGACCUUACCGACUAUGACCCCGCUCUCGGUUUACCACCAGCCAAGCCUUUCCACGAACCUACACCUGCCCUUUUCCUUAUCUUACGCAAGAAGCUUGCUGUUGUCAUUGGCAAAAUUGUGCAUCAUUUUCAAAAGCUCAACGAACCUGCGCAGUAUUCAGACGUGGAGAAGCUGCAACAGGAGCUAGAUCUCUUUGUUGAGCAGUUGCCUCCUCAUUUCCGAAUGCACGAUCCAGAUAAAAGCUUAGAUAGUGUUCAUUUUUGGUUACCGGUUCAUCGGUUUAUGCUCUUGACGGAAGUACUGGUCACAACUAUUAUUUUGCAUCGCCCGUGGUUGCUACGCAAGUUAUCCAGUAACCGCUAUGCAGCCUCCCGAACAGCAUGCUUUGAGGCUGCUAAGCUUGACUUCCAAAUCAGACAAGAUUUUGAACGUGUCCCCGAGUUCAAAUUAUUUGCCAUCACUGGUCAAUUCAAAAUGUUCAAUAGCGCCAUGAUCGCGGGAAUAAGCGCGAUCAUCGACCCUAGAGGACCAGAUUCGGACCAGAUGAGAAAAAUAUUGACUACCUUCUUGGAGGACAAUCCUUGGCAUGAAGUCGCGACCAAGGAUGCCACCACAAGGAAAGAAGUUCAAAUCAUCCAAACUUUGUCCAGGCGAGCUGCAAAGAUAUUUGAGGAUUCAUUCGGUCCGGGCGAGCCGGCUGCGCAUGACAAAGAUAGUGCUGCUUUGCUGUUAGCCCUUCGACAGAGCAACGAUUCAUCAACACAUUCCAACGCAUACCCAAGGGGCGUCCAGCCAGAGGAUACCCCAAACCCCGGAGGGUCAGGUGUAAUGCAACACAAGAUGAUGCUUCCACCUCGGGCUUGGGGUCCCCCUCCUGGAGUGUCAUUUGCACCUGUGCAUCAUGGAGGAAUAAACCAAAGUCCUGCCUCAACAGGUAGUCAUGAAGACGACCACUCACAGAAGCUUCUUGACCAUUGGAUUAAUGCUAAUACCUCUCUUGCUGUUGGCGGCUCGUCCAGUGGCGGGCCCCUUCCAGUUCUCGACACGUCUGGUAUGGGUUAUCUUCCCCUUCCUACCAUGUCAGGUGCAAUGACCCCGAUUGGCCUUCCAGGUGGUCCUGCCCUCACACCUAAUCCCGCUUUUGCUGGUUAUGGUGGUCAGGCCAUUAUGGAAGAAGGCGGGAAUAACUUUAUGGGGCAUCAUUUAACGGGCGAGUUUACCUAUCCAAAUCAGUUCGGGAUGCUUGCCGUAGAAGGAAAUGGGGUCGGCGUAGGAAACGGGAGAGCGGGACUUGAUUCCGGAGUGGAGAAUAGCGACGAGUAUUGGAACACCUUGAUUGAUGGAAUUUUGGGUACGACAGGCGGAAUGUCGGGUCCCUCACAAAGCGGCCACGCUUAAUUGGAACAAGUGUAUAUGGUAUUUCCCAAUAUAUGCCUUUAUAUUUUCUUCUUAUUCCGGGAUCCCUGAUUUGAUCUGAGAUUAGACGCAUGUAGCAGCCGGUCAUGAAGUUAUAAUUAUAGUUUAUAGAGACAUGAGAAUGCAGUCACGACCUUUAGCAUCGUAGAAGCAAUUAAAUAUUCAUUCAUACAUC